UGCAUUGGGGACGCAUUGCGGUUUGUUUUUAGUGAUGGUGAUAUAAAAAAUUAAAUUAUUGUUAUAUGUUAGGAUACAACUGAAAAUAUUUAUUGCAUGAUUAAGUGUAACUUUUGAUAAUGGAAUUCCGGGUGAAGAAACGCGACAACUGCUGGAUCAACGAAGUUAGGAAGAUUCUGAAACCGGUGGGUUAUGUUCCGAAUCGGUACGGGGAUCGCUUCAUUCCGCGCCGAUAUGCCCAAACCAGUUCGAGCCGUUUCUUGGCGGAAUGCAAAGCCGAUAGAGACACCGACGUGAUGCGUAUGAAGGAACGGAAAGGCUACUGGAGGUCCCACUCUUUUGCUACGGUAUUUAAUGAUAUGUUCAACCUGAGCCCGGCGACGGAUAAGAUUCUUAACUUUCGCGACGCAACUAAUCAGGAAAUAUGCAAACGGUUGGAGAUUAGAAAGCCGCUACUGCUAAAGCAGGAACCAAUGUACAAGAACGAGCACAAACUGGACUGGAGCUGCCAGCCCCGAUCGAAGCCGCUCGCUUUCAUCGAGUCGGUGCACGAUCUGCCCAGGAUCAAGGUGGAGUACACGAACAUUAUCGACUGGUCGGCCAAAGGGCAAAUUGCGGCACUUUUCAGCAAGAAGCUGGUUAUCUGGACACCAAACACCGAAGUGACGAUCGCAUACUGUGCCUUAUAUACGACGGCAAUUGCGUUCAACCCUGCGGGAAAUAUGCUGGCCAUGGCCACAUUCACCCUAUCGCGACCGGUUCUCCGCCUUCUGACUUGCUUCCUCCCGAACAUCAAGGUCAACGUAUCGAAAAUGAAAACUUUCUCCUAUCUUGAUACAGAUAUCACCUGCAUGGCGUGGCAUUCCAGGGGUCAAUAUCUUGCCUGCGGUCUCGGUACCGGUCAGAUAAUGAUAAUUCGUGUCAGUGAUUUCGUGCACAUGCAUCCGACAAGCGUAGAAUCCACGCACAGCAUCAGGGUGGUUAUGCUCAAGUUUUCCAAAACGUCCAAAUAUCUGGCCUCAUCGGAUGAGUCCGGCCGGUUGUACAUCUGGAGCUGGAAUUCCAACUGCAAACUGAGCCCGUUGACGGUUUGGAUCAGUCUCGACGGAGUGGCUCUAUUCGAUUGGCACCCGUGGCGCGAAGAGGAGAUCAUUAUCGCUGAUACGGAGCCCGUUACGAUCGCACUGUUUCACGUGCCCAGCCGCAAGGUGCUCUCGUUUCAUCGCCGCCGUGACGUGGACUGCGUUAUCACGGCGCUGGCAUUCAAUAAGAUUUCCGGCGAGCUGGUCGUUUCCUACUCGUAUCCUCCUCAAUCGGAUAAACCACCCGAUAUGCUGGUGCUCGCCUCGAUGGAUCGCAUCGUGGACGUUAUGGAGAAUCACGAUGACUAUGUUGCGCACCUUUUCUGGAGCCCCGACGGCAAGCAGCUAGCUAGUGCCGGCUGCGACGAGUCGUUGACCAUUUGGAAUUUCUUCGGCACCUCGCCCAACGGUUUGCAGAAGGGCAGUCAACAUCGGAAACGUAACAAGGAAUCGAUGGGCGGCUUCGAUUAUGGCUCAAACCUCUACAAACCGAUUCGCUAACAUAACAACGGGAAAAACUCUAAACAACAACCGCCAUGUUGACUGUGAAGAAAGGUACAAACUGAACAAGAGAUACAUAGCAAGGUGCUCCCGCGGGGGCCUCCCGGUUGUUUGUUUUUCCUAUGAGAUAUGACAUGCUACAAGUAGGAACCCGCCCAGAAGCACCUCCAGCGUGGCACGAGUUUCCACGAGGGGACAGUACGGAAGGGAGGGGCCUCCGCCCUGAACAACAGCAAUCACCAAACCACCACACCGCCACACUAUUUUACUAUCAUUAGUGCACGACAGCACAGCCGACGCUGGACGUCGUCGAUGUCGUUGUCUUCACCAGCAGCAGCAGCAGCAGCAGCAGCAGAGGGGCAGUCGUCAGCGAUAUGCACUGGCAAAAGCCAGAUGUAAAACACAGGAGAAGGUAAUUAAAUUAAAAAUAUAAAUUCUAAUUGAAAGCCACCCACGCGCGAAAGUGCCCGAGGUAUGGCACCUCCUUUGGAGCUCCAGGGCAUAUCGGGGAGCUUGGGGAGAAAAUUUACAUACAAAUGAUAUAAAGGCUACGGAUUUACAUAAAUGCAUAUAAUAUUUUACUACAAAUCAAACUCUUUUAUUGGCGUUCAUCUCUUUGCUCCGGCACAGAGACUUCGUUGACGGUUGAGGCUUAGCACGAGGAAGGUAGUAUGAUGUAUUGUUGGAAGUUGGAUGGUAGGAGUGUAAAUAAUAACCGGCAAGUGAGUAAAGAGAGGAAUU